AUCAGAGAAAGUGAUGUCUUGGAGGAGGCAACAUGUUCCCUAGCAGGAGCACCACUGCAUCUCUUAGCUGCAGAUAAGGAGAUUAGUUACUAGGGUUAACCUGCGUCAGCAAACACGGCUGUUCGCGGAGCGUCUCAAAAUCCAGAGAUUCUUGUCACAGGAGUGUGUGUGGGGUAACAUUGAACGUGGCAUGUUUAAUCUGGCGAAGUGCAAGACAGUCCUGGCUGUGGGACUACGACCACUCCAGCUUGGGAGCUUGGAGGGGUGAGCUGAGACAGGAUAACACCCUCUCCCGCUAGGCAGCUGGGACGGGGGGCAUCCCUGUCACACCUCAACAACUAUACCCAUGCCACUUACCAACAAUAAAGUGGGUGAUGAUGGCACUGCUACGGCGGCAAAUCCCCCUGAAGAUGGGAAAACCAUGGUGGACUGCCUUGUCAAGGUUGUGGCCUGCCACCGGCACCUUGCCUCUUGUGUGGGCGGCAGCACCGACAGCCCUCACCUGCGACAGGAGUUACGGCAGACCCGGGAGCGGGCACACGAGCUCGUGGUGUCCUGUCGCCAGCACCUCACCUCCAAGCUGAAGGACAAAGCUCUGCCUGAGGCCGAGCGCAAGGAUGCCGAGCUGCUGUGGGUGGCCUUCUCCUCCUCAGUGGAGCUCCUCCACGCCGACAUGUGCAAAGUGUUUAAAGUGGGCAACAACUUUUCCCUGGCCAACACCUGUGCCUUGGUGCAGACUGGGUUGCAAGGUGACACCAAAGAAGUGGCCGCCCGCGCUCUGAGCCUGUCCAACCUGCAGCACGAGGAGACAGGGGCCCAGUCUGACAGCGUGGAGCACCAGGAGCUGACCCAGCUGGAGCAAGAGAUUGCCCAGGUGGACCGCACCAUCGAAGAGAUGGAGCAGAAGGUCAACGUCAUGCGCUGGACAGUGGAGGCCCGAGGGCCGCAGUACGGCGAAAUGGUCAGCACGGACAGCGCCUCCCUCUCUCUCCUGGGUGGAGAUGAGGAGGCCUCACCCCAAGGCACAUUUCAACAGAGCCAGAUCUUUAUGAUCAUGGCCCUAUGCGGUGUGGCAGCUGUAGCCGUAGCCAUCUGUGUCUGUGUCGUCUUUCUCGUAUGAGGGAGAGGUAGCAGUGGGAAGCAAACAGUUAAUAAGGACAUCCAUGGACAGACAGUUAUUGACAUUCUGUCUUACCUGUGCUGUGGAGACAUUGAGGGCCAAAUGACCUGUCAAUGAUGUUGAAGGACUGAGGACUAUAUCUUCCAUCAUUUGUGGGCAAUUUUGGGCCCAACGGAUCCACUAGUUGAUUUAGAAAUAUAAUACGGAGUCUAUUUAAUGAUUUGAUUGACCGCAAAAAGAAUUACAUGUUGUUUUUUGGGACAGCCGUGACCUACUGGUUAGCGCUUCGGACUUGUAACCGGAGGGUUGCUGGUUCGAACCCUGACCAGUAGGAACGGCUGAAGUGCCCUUGAGCAAGGCACCGAACCCCUCACUGCUCCCCGAGCGCCG